UGAUAGUCGUAGUAGUGAAGAUUGUGGACACCAAAAAGCAACCAUCAGAGCAGCAGCAAUCAGACGGGAAAAAAUUAAAAGAUGGAAGAAAAGUUUGUUCGGUUCAGAAGAAGUAGAAUGUUUGUGUAAUUUUCGCGAAUAAAGCUGCAUUUCUACACCAGAUUGUGCAAGUGCGUUACGGUAAGGCCAUUUCGUGGCCGAAAAUAGUGAAAAAGAUCCGAUCUGUAGGAUCUUUCGGUGCGUUGAAAAUUCGUCAGAAAGUUUUUCGAAUCAGCAGCAGCAGAAAGAAGCAGAACCAGAGUGCGCAGAAGAAGAAGGCGAAAAAUUGGUGUUUUCUGAGGAGGAAAUAGGAAAAGGCAUCCAUUGCCUGUUAAAAUCAUUAUUGUGGCUCUAGUUCCUGGUGUUUUGAUUCAGUGGAACUCUGGUGGGUAAAAUAUGCGUGACCUAGGCAUUACGGUAUGCCCUAGAAGCUAGGACAAGAAGAGCCCACCCAUUUACAAGUGUAAAGUGAUGGAAAAUUGGAGGAAUCCUCCAUUGUCCCUUUCUUCUACUGGCAGUGCAAGUCGUCGUCGUCCGAUGUGUUUGUGUUCUUUGCUUACUUUCACUGCAGCUACUUUUCAUCAUUAGCGCCCUGCAAUCAAGCAAAAGGCGGAGGACGACGACUGUUUUGUUUGAGACGAGCAACUCCUCAUCAACGGAAUUGGAAGAAAAAGCUGCUGCAAACAGAAUUAUUAGGGAGCUGCCAGGAUAUCUGUAAUAUGUUCGCUGGCAGCCAGCAUGUAUCGAUCACGGAUGCGACAGAUUACGACUUUGAAAAAGCGGAGAAUGCAGCCAAAUGGAAAGGUGUUUUCAUAACAUCACUUAGAAAGGUUCUAGAGCAAGUGCAUCCAACGUUACAAGCCCGCGAGGAUGCUCUACUCUACAUGGAAACCUUAUGUUUGCGUAUGUUAGCAAUGCUGUGUGCCCAACCAUCUCCGCAUACAGUAGCGGAUGUUGAACAAAGAAUUUGGCGUACUUUUCCUAAGCCCCUCGACGAUUGGGCCCUGACAGAUGCUCGUGUGGCAAUAGACAAAUCCAAAAAAUUGAAACCGGUGCUUCCGGUUGACCGUGUCCAUACCCUAUUGCAAAAGGAGGUCCUGCAGUACAAAAUCGAUAGUUCGGUUUCAUUGUUCCUGGUUGGGGUGUUGAGCAUUUCGGCUGACAUUCUGAAGCUAGUCGGCUACUAUGAAAAUAUGUAUCACAUCGAGAUAUCCCAGGAGGAUAUCGAGGUCGCCAUGUGCGCUGAUAAGGCGCUCAUGGACAUGUUCUACCAGGGGGACAAUUCGAGCUCGAGGGCGCCUAGUCCAUUGCCGCCGACGCCUCCAUACAGCCUCAGCUACGAGGAGGUCGCGAAAGAACUCAUCCACGACGAGAAGCAGUACCAACGGGACCUGCACAUGAUCAUAAGGGUGUUUCGCGAAGAACUGGUGAAAAUAGUCGACGAUCCAAAGGAACUUGAUGCAAUUUUCUCCAAUAUUAUGGACAUUUAUGAGGUGUCCGUAACGUUACUGGGUUCGCUCGAAGAUGUGAUCGAAAUGUCGCAAGAACAAAUCCCGCCAUGCAUCGGAAGUUGCUUCGAAGAAUUAGCAGAAGCGGCAGAGUUUGAUGUAUACGAAAAGUUUGCAAAAGAUAUCACGUCGGUUGAGGCAAAGGAAGCCUUAGCAAAUUUAAUGUCUAGGCCAGAGGCGAAUUCGCUGAAGUCGGCCGGUCACGGUUUCAGGGAAGCGGUUAAAUUCUAUUUACCAAAACUACUUUUAGGGCCUAUCGGGCAUGCACAGUUGUAUUUAGAUUAUAUUAAAAUUUUACUACAGCUUAGUCCAUCGCAGGAGGAUAAAGAAAGCUUUGUACAGGUUCAGGGGUUGCUUAAACCCUUGCAGCUCGGAUUGCAGAGUAUAUCUUCACUGCUGCCUAAGGAAUAUUUCGCUAGGGUAAACAGCCGGGCAAGGCGUCAGUCGGCAAUCGAAAAAACACGUGAAUUACAAAACAGUGUAGAACAUUGGAACAAAGACGUUGGUCAAUGUUGCAACGAGUUCAUCCGGGAGGACACACUUGCCAAGCUUAGCUCCGGCAAGCGACAAACCGAACGAAAGGUGUUCCUAUUCGAUGGGUUGUUGGUGUUGUGUAAAGCCCGACGGCAGAUUGUUCCCGGCAACAAUUACGACUUUCGGUUAAAGGAACUUUUCAUGCGUAAGGUGGAAAUCAUCGAUCGACCGGACACGGAGGAGCUGAAGUAUAUGUUUGAAAUUUCUUCCGGGAACCGAGUAACGUUAUACUUAUUGCAAAAAUGCACAACACAAAACGAUUGGAUGGCGGAUUUGGUUAUGCUGAACACAAAAUCCAUGUUGGAACGCAUUCUAGACAGUAUUUUACUAGAUAUCGAAAAGAAACAUCCACUUAAACUACCUAGUCCGGAAAUAUAUGCAUUUGCCGUUCCUGAUUCCCCUUCGAAUAUAGUGCUGGAGGAGCGGGAAGGAACGGGAGUGCCCCUAAUCAAAGGCGCCACGCUAACGAAACUGAUCGAACGGCUCACCUACCACAUAUACGCUGAUCCUAUGUUCGUGCGUACCUUCCUAACAACGUAUCGAUCGUUUUGUUCGCCCAAAGAGCUUCUUAGGUUAUUGGUUGAACGGUUCGACAUACCCCACCCGGCACUGGUGUACGACUGUGCCUGUGAUAAGGAACUUGGAUCAGAUAUGGACAAGUUUCAUAAGAAUUCUCAACGAGAAGACUGGAAACGCUACAAGAAGGAGUAUGUGCAACCGGUUCAAUUUCGUGUGCUGAAUGUUCUUCGGCACUGGGUAGAUCAUCAUUUUUAUGACUUUGAGCGGGAUCCCAAGCUGCUGGAUUCAUUGUUAUACUUCCUGGCAACGGUACGGGGUAAAUCUAUGCGUAAGUGGGUUGACUCGGUGUUGAAGAUAGUGCAGCGGAAGAAUGAAAGCGAUGACAGUCAUCGGCAGAUAUCGUUUGCUUUCUUAGAUAGUCCACCGCCGAUUGAGAAGCAUUUGUCGCUGAGUUCGGAUGAGAACGAAUACAAUCUGCUAAUGUUGCAUCCCUUAGAACUUGCCCGUCAACUGACGUUGGUAGAGUUUGAAAUGUAUAAAAACGUAAAACCAUCGGAGCUGGUCGGUUCAGUGUGGACCGGAAAAGAUAAAGAAACUACUAGUCCUAAUUUAUUAAGAAUAAUGCAUCACACUACGAAUUUCACUCGCUGGAUCGAGAAAUCGAUUAUCGAGGCGGAGAACUUCGAGGAACGUGUGGCAAUGGCAUCGCGUGCAAUAGAGGUGAUGAUGGUUCUGCAGGAUCUCAACAACUUCAACGGUGUGCUUUCGAUCGUGUCCGCCUUCCAGGGCGCGGCAGUCCACAGGCUCAAGCUGACGCUUGAAGAGAUCCCCAAAAGCUACCAGCGUGUGCUGGCCGAGUGUCGGGAGCUGAACAAUUCGCACUUCAAAAAGUAUCAGGAAAAGCUGCGUUCAAUAAAUCCACCUUGUGUGCCAUUUUUUGGAAUGUAUUUAACCAAUAUUUUACAUAUAGAGGAAGGGAAUCCAGAUUUUUUACCAAAUACGGAACUAAUAAACUUCUCUAAGAGAAGACGUGUAGCUGAAAUUACUGGUGAAAUACAGCAAUAUCAAAAUCAACCAUACUGCUUGAAAGUUGACGAUAACAUUAAGCAUUUUCUAAAAAAAUUAGAUCCUUUUAAAGGCAUGAGUGUAACUGAAAUUCAAAACUAUCUGUACGAGGAAAGCAAACGGAUUGAACCGAAGAAUUGCCGCCAACCAUUAAAAUUCGCGCGCAAGUGGCCAGACAUUUCUCUAAAGUCUCCCGGCAUCAAGCCCAUGCGACGUCCAAACAAUUCGGCCAAUUCGUCAUUGAAUCUGGCUGGUACGUUGACAUCCAGCAACAAAGCUCCGUUUGUGAACAAAAACGAUACCGGUACGGAGCAGCAGUCACCUCCAGCCAGUUCAUCGUCGGCUUCCGUGGCCGACCAAGCAGUAUUUGCUAACGUGAACAUCAACUCGUCGUCGUCAUCAUCACAGAAUCAUCAUCACCAUCAGCAACAGUCGUACCAAUAUCAGCAUCAUUCGCAGGGAUCGAUGCAAUAUUAUCCAGGCCAGCAUCAGUCAGUUGGAGGCCAACAGCAAAACCAUCACUAUUAUCAUCACGGGCAGCAGCAUAGCUUAUCCCAGUCAGUGGUAAAUCUCACAUCAACGGCAGAUCAUCAAAUGGCGCCAGAGAUUCCACGACGCUCCGAUAGUAUUAUUCUAACCUCUUCACUAUCGUCCCAAAUACAAUACAACCUAAACAAUAGUAGCUAUUCCGAAUCCAGUAGCAAUCACAGUGGAGGAAGUAAGCUAGUUCCAAGCCCCCGCUAUCCAUCUUCCUCAAUGAGUGCGCUGUCGUCAUCAUCAUCUGGCAUGAGUGUUUCUUCGUUCUUUGGCAUUAUGAGCGCAUCGAACAGUGAUGCGUCUGGUCUUGGGGGAAGCCUAAGUAGCUCAGCUGCUACAAACGCCGCUAGUAUUGUUUCGCUCAGCGAAGGGCCAACUGGCCCUCCUCCACCACCACCACCCCAAGCGAAUGCCGCCACAGCCAUCUCACCAGGUGGGGGGUCGAUGUCUUCGCCAUCUGCCAGCACAUCUUCGGCGGUAACUGCCGUAGGGCCGCUACCCUACUGCGUUGGAUCAACGGUUUCUGCACCACCAGCACCAGUACCCGCUACGGGUGCUGACAUUCCGCCUGCGAUUAGUCCCCGGACGGAUAAGCCAGCGGUACCGCCGGCACCGCCACCAUUACGGAAUCAUGGUGGCGGGGGAACCGAGUUUUGUUACAACACUUCCGGGCUCCCGACAUCACCGCUUGCAACUAGCAGUAGUACUAGCUUUAGGAUUAGUUCAUCCAAUACUUUAAAGAAUCAAAACUGUGAUUUUACUACCGCAAACAGCGCUGUCAAUCGUUCGUCAUGUGAAAAUUCGCCGAUCUAUCCGUCGAGUCCGCAGAUGCAUCCAACGGGUGCAGCGUCAGCGAUGGAUUUCAACAGCAGUGCCAUCUCGCCGUCGCUGUCCACCUCUUUCUCGUCAACAUCGUCGACCUACCAGACGGCGUACAACAACUCGUCGACAACGGCCGACUCGAUGAUCCUCAGCACGACGACGGCCAGUAACGACUUGGGUCCGCCGCACUCACCACACGUGAACGUACCAAAUACACACAAUAUUCCUCCUCCUAUGCCACCUCCUCUACCUCCUAGAGUUAAACGAAAAGAGUCCUCCGGGGAAUCGUUACAGUCUUCUCAGGUGCGACAAGCACCGGAUGCACCUAAGCUUCCACCGAGAGAUAUUAGUCCACCUCCGUUGCCGCCACGUACUCACAUUCAGUCGCACUACUUAUUUGGAAAUGUGCAACAACAGCACCAGCUGUUACACAGCUCAGGAGCCUGUGACAGCUGGAAUCAUAUAAACGUAUUCUCGAAGGAUGAAUCGCCAUCUUCAUCUUCCUCGUCGUCGACGCUAACACGCGACAACUUGAACCAGCACAACAUCAGUGAACAGCGACUACUCAUGUUACCGCAUACUAGCACCAUCAUGAUGCGCCGAAAUUCCGCCAUGGAUCGGGCCUCUAAAGAAAACCUACCGAACAUCACGGCUUCGCCUUCGCUAUCCAGGCUUUCCAGCACAGCCACAGCGGGUGGGGUCCCUGGUGGACUAGCAACCGCUAGUGGACCUGUCAGUUUGCCAUCUUGUAGCGCACCACCGCCGCCAUGUGCGGCGAAGAAUAAAUCAGUUCAAAAUUCACCCGUCUCGCAGCAACAACAAGCGGUAGUUUGCGGACGACGGCCUAGCACAAAUAUAUCGCCCAGAUUUUCGCCCGGAGAAACUACACCUAAAUUACCUCCGAAGCCAAAGCAAACAAAUCUAUCAUCACAUUCGGAUCGAACAAUGUUCCCCUAUCCGAGCACAAACUGACCAAACGGGAAAGGUUGCGGGCGGCAUUUCUUACGGUAAAUUGGUACGGUAGGGUGACCAUAUUAGGGAACGAGUCAGAUUGAUGGAGUAUAUCCUGAUCCCGAACAGAGUGAACAUUUUGCCUGUUGCUGAGAGCAAGGCAUUCAAUCGUUGAGCGUUUGCGUUUUCAUUUCGUUGUUAAAUGCUUGAUUUUAAGUACAUAACGCAAGCAAACAUAAAAAUUAUACGGUGCGGAAAACAAGCAUCUAUAGAUAUGUUAUCAUUGAAAGGUUAUAUUUUACAAGUUUUACAAAUUUUAUAUUUUUUAAAUUUCCAACAGUGCACAUAAAGCAUGUUAUGCUUUACGCUAGAGCAGAGCAUAUGUCGAGGAGGAAAGUAUACAAAACAAAUAAAAAAGUGCCAUAGUUAGAAAAUA